GCGUGCGUGUCUUGUGUGCGCGCUGACUGAGUGUGUGGUCUGAUCGGAGGCAUUGCUGUAUGUCAGCAGAGUACUACUGCGAUAAGUACUGCGGUGGAUACGGUGAGGUAGCGAACCCGUUGCAAUGGCCACAACUCAGGAAAAGGCGGCGCCUUGCUGCGUCGGGAGCGCCAAGCCGCCCCCGCCGGCCGCGGGGACCGUGCUCGGGAAGGACGGCGAGGAGGUGCUGGUCCGCGACUGGGCCGUGCACGCGGGCGAUCCGGCCGACGAUCUGACCGGCAAGAGAGCUGCCCCCGUCGGUGGUGCUGCCUUGGUCCGUCCCGUGGAGCCUCCGGCUAACAAAGGAAUCCCAGCCAUGGUGAAGCCUCAGACCAGUCACCCGUUGGAUCCUUUAUCCGCUGCCGAGAUCUCGGUGGCAGUGGCCACUGUCAGGGCUGCGGGCGCAACACCGGAGGUGCGAGACAGCAUGCGGUUUGUCGAGGUGGUUUUGCUGGAACCAGAUAAGCACGUUGUUGCCCUGGCAGAUGCAUACUUCUUCCCUCCUUUUCAGCCGUCAUUGCUUCCCAGAACAAAAGGUGGACCCGUGAUACCUAGCAAGCUUCCUCCAAGGCAAGCAAGACUCAUUGUGUACAACAAGAGGUCGAACGAGACGAGCAUUUGGAUUGUUGAAUUGUCUGAGGUUCAUGCGGUGACUCGAGGUGGGCAUCACAGGGGAAAAGUGAUUUCAUCCAAAGUUGUUCCAGAUGUUCAGCCUCCCAUGGAUGCUGAGGAAUAUGCUGAAUGUGAAGCUGUUGUGAAGGAAUUCCCUCUGUUCAGGGAGGCAAUGAAGAAGAGGGGUAUUGAGGAUAUGGAUCUUGUGAUGGUGGAUCCUUGGUGUGCUGGAUAUCACAGUGAAGCUGAUGCGCCGAACCGCAGACUUGCUAAACCACUAAUUUUCUGUAGAACUGAGAGUGACUGUCCUAUGGAAAAUGGUUAUGCACGUCCGGUGGAAGGAAUUCAUGUUCUUAUUGAUAUUCAAAAUAUGGUUGUUAUUGAGUUUGAAGACCGUAAACUCAUUCCCCUGCCACCAGCUGAUCCACUGAGAAAUUACACUCCUGGUGAAACAAGAGGUGGUGUUGAUCGUAGUGACGUGAAACCCUUACAAAUCAUUCAGCCUGAAGGCCCAAGCUUUCGUGUCGAUGGUCACUUCGUUCAAUGGCAAAAGUGGAACUUCAGAAUCGGAUUCACGCCAAGAGAGGGCUUGAUAAUAUAUUCUGUCGCAUAUGUUGAUGGUAACCGAGGUCGGAGACCUGUGGCCCACAGGUUAAGUUUUGUUGAGAUGGUAGUGCCUUAUGGAGAUCCUAAUGAUCCUCAUUACAGAAAGAAUGCAUUUGAUGCUGGAGAAGAUGGUCUUGGGAAAAAUGCACAUUCUCUUAAGAAGGGUUGUGACUGUUUGGGCUACAUAAAGUACUUUGACGCACAUUUUACGAAUUUUACUGGAGGUGUAGAAACAAUUGAAAACUGUGUUUGUUUGCAUGAAGAGGAUCAUGGGAUCCUGUGGAAGCAUCAAGACUGGAGAACAGGUUUAGCAGAAGUCCGGAGAUCCAGAAGGCUAACUGUGUCUUUCAUUUGUACUGUGGCCAACUACGAGUAUGGAUUUUUCUGGCACUUCUAUCAGGAUGGGAAAAUUGAAGCGGAGGUUAAACUUACUGGUAUUCUCAGUCUUGGGGCAUUGCAGCCUGGAGAAACUCGAAAAUAUGGCACCACCAUUGCACCUGGGCUGUAUGCCCCUGUUCAUCAGCAUUUCUUUGUGGCUCGGAUGGACAUGGCCGUUGAUUGUAAGCCUGGUGAAACCUUCAAUCAGGUUGUCGAAGUCAAUGUCAAAGUUGAGGAACCUGGAAAAGAGAAUGUUCACAAUAAUGCUUUCUAUGCUGAAGAGGAGCUGCUCAGGUCUGAAAUGCAAGCAAUGCGAGACUGUAAUCCUUUAUCUGCACGACACUGGAUUAUCAGAAAUACAAGAACAGUCAAUAGGACGGGGCAGCUUGCAGGAUUCAAGCUAUUACCUGGCUCAAAUUGCUUACCUUUGGCUGGUUCCGAGGCAAAAUUCUUGAGAAGAGCCGCAUUCUUGAAGCAUAACCUUUGGGUCACACCUUAUGCACGCGAUGAAAUGUAUCCUGGAGGGGAGUUUCCUAAUCAAAAUCCACGUGUUGGAGAGGGAUUGGCUACAUGGGUUAAGCAAAAUCGAUCACUGGAAGAAACGGACAUAGUUCUAUGGUAUGUGUUUGGCGUGACGCAUAUUCCUAGACUGGAAGACUGGCCUAUCAUGCCGGUGGACCGCAUUGGAUUUAUGCUCAUGCCACACGGUUUCUUCAAUUGCUCACCGGCGAUUGAUGUGCCCCCAAACCUAUGCGAUUCAGAGCUCAAGGACAAUGGGGUGGCUGCGAAAUCCAUCCAGAACGGACUACUCGCUAAGAUGUGAAACAAAUUCCUUUUUUUCUACUGAAGCCGCAUCAUGAUUUGUUAUGCAACCGGUCAUUUCAACUUCGUGUUUAAGAAUUGUGGCUUUUACUCUAUGCAAUCGCCAUUUGUGUUCAGCCUUGUGACACUUUUUAAAGUGUGAUUUAUCAAUAUGAUGACUUUGCCAAAAUAAAAACUAAAGGGAGUUAAUGC